AUCUCGCGAGAACCACACACUUGCUGUUAUAGAUAGCACAGCUAGCAUUCCGCCAAGCUACCUUUACUUCUGCGGUAUUUCUUGUUCCACUGGCUGCGAUGGAGGCUCUCGGAGCUCUAGACGAGGGGGAGAGGCCACGACAUCGUCCUUUCUUGAUUGGAGUCAGUGGAGGCACGGCCAGCGGCAAGUCAACAGUUUGCGCCAAGAUCAUGGAGCUGCUGGGCCAGAACAAGGUGGACCACCGCCAGAGGAAGGUGGCUAUUAUAAGCCAGGACAGCUUCUACAGAGUCCUGACUCCAGAUCAAAAGGCCAAAGCACUGAAAGGCCAGUACAACUUUGAUCAUCCAGAGGCAUUCGACAACGAGUUAAUGUACAAAACCUUGAAGGACAUUGUGGAGGGCAGGGUGGUUGAGGUGCCAACGUACGACUUUGUCACCCAUUCCAGGUUGGAAGACAGGAUCACCUUUUACCCAGCAGAUGUGGUCCUCUUUGAGGGGAUCCUCGUUUUCUACCCUCAGAAAGUGCGCGACAUGUUUCACAUGAAGCUGUUUGUGGACACAGAUUCAGAUGUCAGACUGUCUCGCAGAGUUCUGCGAGACAUGACCAGAGGGAGAGACCUGGAGCAGAUCCUCAGUCAGUAUACAACGUUUGUAAAGCCUGCUUUUGAGGAGUUUUGUUUGCCUACUAAGAAGUAUGCUGAUGUCAUCAUUCCAAGAGGAGUUGACAACAUGGUGGCCAUCAACCUCAUUGUUCAGCACAUCCAAGAUAUUCUCAACGGUGACAUCUGCAAAUGGCAGCGUGGAUCCGUUAACGGUCACGGACGCGGUUUCAAACGGGCCAUUUCUGAGCAGAGCGACCUGCAGAACGGCGCCGCUAACCCUCCAGGAAAGAGGGUCCUUCUGGAGCCCAGUAGUCGGCCUCACUGAGGCCACGCGGAUGCAUGAAGACGGGUUAUUCAGACUGUGAAUAUGAGCUUUGAAUUGGAUUUGCUGCUACUGAUUUGUGCAGAGUGGGUCAGAAAGCAUCUCACCCUCUGCAGCCUUUUUAAAUGUUGUCCACGAUCUCAAGCACUCUACGGUUGCAACCUUUUCAUCGUUUUUACUGUAAAUAUUGGUGCAUAACCAAUAUGUUAAGUUUCUAUUUCACAACUAACAGUCUUCCAUGAUACCUUUUGGUUUUUUAAUGUUAACUGUGGUCACACGACCCGUUACUGAAAUUAUCUCGUUGAUGGCAGGAAAUGUUAUUUAAAUGCUUCAUUUCAGUCAUGCUUUUGCACCUUACUUAAACCGACUCAUGCUUUGUUGCUUUGAGAUUAAUAUAUUUAAAUUAUAUUAAUAUAAAACUAUGUAGUUGUUUUGCUUUCCCUGUUGCUGUUUAAAAUAAGUCACGGCCAGAUGUAUUUCAGUGGUAUGUGAUACCAAGUGCUUCAUUUUCAUUAUUUAAUGCUGAAUCUUUGCCUUAUUGUAUUUUUUUUUAUGUUCACUUUCCACUCUGUUUCUGUACAACAAUAAAUGGAAAUUCUUUUCUGAA